GGCUCCCGCCCGAGGCCAAUGGGGUGGGCAGCCUCCCUCGGUGGAGAGCGAAGCACCACUCUCAUUUUUCUCCGUUAGCGUCUCAUCUUGUCUAAACGGGGAGAGUGGCCAUCUGUCCGAUACCCGCAUCAAACCUGAUCCUUCCCAGCCUCACAGAGCUGCUUUGUUCCGAGGUGACACCUUCUGGGCCCCAUCUGUCCUUCCUCACAGCACCCUCAGCACCUUAAGCCACCACCCUCAGCCACAAUUUGGCAGAAGGAUGGAGUCCAAGGUCUCAGAAGGUGGCCUGAACGUGACCCUCACCAUCCGCCUGCUGAUGCAUGGAAAGGAAGUUGGAAGCAUCAUCGGGAAGAAAGGAGAAACUGUGAAGAAGAUGCGUGAGGAGAGUGGUGCAAGGAUAAACAUCUCAGAGGGAAACUGCCCAGAGAGGAUCGUGACCAUCACAGGCCCCACAGACGCCAUCUUCAAGGCCUUUGCCAUGAUCGCAUACAAGUUUGAGGAGGAUAUCAUCAACUCCAUGAGCAACAGCCCUGCCACCAGCAAGCCCCCAGUGACGCUGAGGCUGGUGGUGCCUGCCAGCCAGUGCGGGUCCCUGAUCGGCAAAGGCGGCUCCAAGAUCAAGGAGAUCAGGGAGUCCCCAGGUGCCCAGGUGCAGGUGGCCGGGGCCAUGCUGCCCAACUCCACAGAGCGAGCAGUGACCAUCUCGGGGACCCCAGACGCCAUCAUCCAGUGUGUCAAGCAGAUCUGUGUGGUCAUGCUGGAGUCCCCACCGAAAGGUGCCACCAUUCCCUACCGCCCAAAGCCCGCCUCCACCCCUGUCAUUUUUGCAGGUGGUCAGGUAAGAGCCGAUCCGCUCGCGGCCUCCACUGCCAACCUCAGCCUUUUACUGCAGCACCCGCCGCUGCCCGCCUACACAAUCCAGGGACAGUAUGCCAUCCCCCACCCAGAUCAGUUGACCAAGCUCCACCAGUUGGCCAUGCAGCAAACCCCCUUUCCUCCCCUCGGACAGACCAACCCCGCUUUCCCCGGAGAAAAGCUGCCUUUACACUCCUCCGAAGAAGCUCAAAAUCUGAUGGGCCAGUCAUCAGGUCUGGACGCAAGCCCACCGGCCAGCACUCAUGAGCUCACCAUUCCCAAUGAUGCCAUGCUGCUGUCCCUGGCCCCCAUCAGAGAUGAGCCCUUCAGAUCUCUCUGCCACCAGGGAGGAGGAUGCAGCCAGGCAGGCUGCAUAAUUGGACGCCAAGGGACCAAAAUCAAUGAAAUUCGACAGAUGUCUGGAGCUCAGAUCAAAAUCGCCAACGCCACUGAAGGGUCAUCAGAGCGUCAGAUCACCAUCACGGGGACCCCGGCCAACAUCAGCCUUGCCCAGUAUCUCAUCAACGCCAGGCUGACGUCCGAGGUCACCGGGAUGGGCACGCUCUAAUCCUACCAAGCACCCUCCCCCCGCGUCACCCACCUGCCAGAGCCCAAGGCCCCCGGCUCUUGCACUCUGUACAGCCCACCUUCCCUGCCUCACAGAUACCAAUAGAGAGGUUUUCUUAAUUCACAAAAGGACGUAUGCCAUGGAGAAACACACCCGCGCACACAGCCGCUCUCUACAGAGACUGCAGGCUCCACCGAGUCCCCCUUCAGUGUUAUUUAUGACACGCCGAGUCCCCCCUUCAGUGUUAUUUUAUUUAUGACUUACGCUCCAGUCUGCCCAUGCACCGGCAUGCAGUGUUAAUUAUUUUAGAAAUAUUGUUCCUUGGUGUCAGCGUAGCUGUCUGUCUUAGGAGUUGGGUCGGCGUUCCGACAGCACUUCCUGUCCACCCUUCUCCUCUGCCAUCCAGAACUCUCCAGAACUGUUGCCUGAGACCCCUCCUCUCUACACAGCCCUGCCGUGCUGACUCGGUUUCCCCUCAGAGCCAGUGUUGUCUGGGCUCGAGUUUCUGCCCCAGGUUGUGUGCUGGAAUCGGGGGGUGGUUCUCCUGCCACCCAUGGGGAGCACCAGGAGAGGAGGGUCAUGGAAGAUGUUGGGGCUUUGACCCCAGGAGUGGGGUGGAGGGCAGAGCCUGCUGGGGGCCCUGCCUUCACAGAGAUGCCGCAUGCUGGGAAGGCUCUUGGGGUCCCCUGAGCGUCUUCCAGGGUGGCUGGAGAGCACAGACACGCCAGGGAGCCCCCUCUGUGCUCCUCAGAGUUCAAUAAAUGUCGUGGCCCCUCCUCA